ACAAAAAGUCAGUCAGCAUUGGGGGCUCAGUUUAUUGUUGUUGUCAUAAAAUUGUAACAUAAAUAAACAAUAAAGUUGAAUAAAACAAUAAUAAAUAAUGGAGUGCAUUGUUGCAAGUGUUGAUCAUAUGAGAUUUGAUAUUGAAAUUGCACUUGAAGAACAAUAUGGAGCAUUACCAUUGCCUUUUGCCGGCAUGGACAAAUCAAUUGCUGCUGUUUGUCAAUUUUAUCCAAAAGGAGCAUGUACAAAAGGUGCAGCAUGUCCAUUUAGACAUGUCAGAGGUGAUAGAACAAUUGUGUGUAAACAUUGGCUACGUGGUUUAUGUAAAAAAGGAGAUCAAUGUGAAUUUCUUCAUGAAUAUGAUAUGACUAAAAUGCCUGAAUGUUAUUUUUAUUCAAGAUUUAAUGCUUGUCACAAUAAAGAAUGUCCAUUUUUACACAUUGAUCCAGAAACAAAAGUACGUGAUUGUCCAUGGUAUGAUCGUGGAUUUUGUCGACAUGGUCCAUUAUGUCGACAUCGUCAUGUACGUCGUGUUCUUUGUAUGGCAUAUCUUGCUGGUUUUUGUCCAGAAGGUCCAGACUGUAAAUUUAUGCAUCCACGAUUUGAAUUACCAGCUGUUCAAGAUAUGCAACCAAAAGAAGGCAAAAAAAUUAUGAUAACAUGUCAUUUUUGUGGUGAAACUGGUCAUAAAGCAAUAUACUGUAAUAAAAUGCCACCAGAAAUACGUGAAGCACAAGUUAGACAAGAACUUGAAGGUGGUGGACCACAUCAAUUAUUUCAUCAUAUGAAUAUGCAUAAUGGACCACCACCACAACGUGGUCCACAAAAACCACUUGAAGAAGUAACUUGUUAUAAAUGUGGUACAAAAGGACAUUAUGCAAAUAAAUGUCCAAAAGGGCAUUUAGCAUUUCUCAGUCAUGCUGGAAGUGGUGCACCAGGUCCAAAUCAAAAUCCUGGAUUUAGAAGAUAAAUUUAAUAUAAUUUAUUUAAUUAUU